UAUUCCUUUGUAAUUAUAAAACGAAACAAUUAAACAAAUGUCGAGCUAACGAUAAGGCAUAACAACUCAACGAGUAUACAGUCAAACUUGUCUUGUGGUUAUUACCCAGAAGUAUCCAACGGUUGGUGCAUUAAACGAAUUUCUACCCUCUGAUGGUCGCGUAGAACCUAAUUUCUAAAUAAUCGCAUAGAUAGUCGACCUCUGUAAACUGCGAGUAAAUGUUUGCCCACUCUAGAAUGUACUGAACGAUAAACUCUGACCCAUCAUCGGUUAUAUAUAAAGGCUCUAGGUACUCUACGCGUCUUCAGUUAUUAGUGAAACGUACAAGCAAUAUGAUCGCGAUUUUGUUAGGGCUGAUAGCCUGCGCCGGCGCAGCGCCUUCGUGGCGCAACCGCUACCACUCUCACCUGUCUCCGUUCGAUGGCAGCCUCGAUAGGUACCUCAACGAGCAGAUGUUCGACACGAACAUGUUUUUCGAAGAGAUGAACAGAGAAAUGGCGCAGUUGGAGACGGUGUUGGCGGAAUUCACCAGCCGUUUCCCGACCCUGUCGUCCUCGGAGAAAUUUGAGGGUAACGAGUACAAGAUAACCAUCCCCUUGACAGGGUUCAAAGAAAAGGAUAUUGUUGUGAAGGCGAGGAAAGGUAUGAUAAUGAUUCAAGCGGUGCACGUCAACGAAGGUAACAACCAAAACAGUUACCUGGACAUGAGGACGCUCCCGCAGAAUGUGGGUGAACAAGGAACCUGGUCUUACGAAAAUGACGUGCUCAAGAUAGUCCUUCCGGUUAACCAAAACGCUGGCAGCAACCCUGUCACCGCCAGCCCGAUACCCGACCGCAGUAUCGAGGAGACGGAAAAUUCAAAAGACGUUGAACCAAAUGUCGAUAUAGAUCUCGUCAAAGCAGACGCUGGCAAGGCCAAGGAAAUACAGACCAAUGAGAUCCCCAACGUGGAGGCCACGACUUAUGCUGUCGAUUUAAAAGGCGAAGUUGAGUUUGUACCUGUACGAUAUUAAUUCAUAAAAAGUCUUUGUAAUUGUAAAUUAGUGUACAUAAUAAACGAUUUAUAAAAAACUGUAAA